CUCGCCGCCAGGCAGCCCCCGAGGCUAGUAACUCAGUGAGCGGAGGAGAGGUGGCGUCUCGGGGUGAGGGAGCGGCGGACUCCGGAGCGGCGGCGCCGCUGGGCGGGAGGGGCAAGGAUGUGGAGACAGGUGUAAAGCCAUUUUUAAGACUUCAGUAAAGGGCAACAGAUAACAGUAUCCCUUUGAACCACAUGGGGAGCAGCAUUUAUCAACUAUACAGGGAUUCUUUUUCCUGCAACUUAGCUCUUACGCCAUAGCACGGCAAGCAUGGAGCUCGCUCAGGUCGCUGCAGCAGUUAAGUAAACUGUAAACAGCACGCGCAUUAUCCUGCAGUAUAUGCAUCACCAGAACCUGCAAAGGCGGGCGAGGAGGCGACAACAGUGAGAGUGAUGAGGACAUGGACACAGACUUCUCUAACAACACGGGCCACGGCAAUUUGUCCAUCCUCGUGACAGUGGGGCAGGCUCAUGCCAUGGAACGCUGAUUCUGUGCCUGGGAAACAACCACAUAGUGUUGCAGGUCUGGGAUGAUUCACAGUGGCUGUGAAACUUUCACAUGGGUAUUUAAGGUUGAAGGUUUCAGAUCAGAUGUGGAAAGAUGUUGGCUGUGGACACAGGAGUUGUGGAGGAGUGGUUAUCAGAGUUCAAGACCCUUCCAGAAGCUUCUAUCUCUAACUAUGCUACAAAUUUGAAAGACAAGAGUUCUCUGGUUUCAUCUUUAUACAAAGUUAUCCGGGAGCCACAGAGCGAGCUGCUAGAGCCAGUUUGCCACCAGCUUUUUGAGUUCUAUCGCAGUGGAGAGGAACGGCUACUACGAUUCACCCUGCAGUUUCUGCCAGAGUUGAUGUGGUGUUACCUGGCAGUCUCAGCCAGCAGAGAUCUGCAGAGCAGUGGCUGCAUAGAGGCUCUUCUCCUAGGAGUUUACAACUUGGAAAUAGUUGACAAACAGGGGCAUAGUAAAGUGCUGAGUUUCACAAUUCCAUCCUUGUCCAAACCUUCAGUGUAUCAUGAACCUUCCAGCAUUGGUUCCAUGGCUCUUACAGAGGGAGCUUUAUCCCAGCAUGGUUUGUCCAGAGUCGUGUACAGUGGACCUCAUCCUCAAAGAGAGAUGUUAACAGCACAAAACAGGUUUGAAGUGCUGACAUUCCUCCUGCUGUGUUAUAAUGCUGCCUUAAGCUACAUGCCUGCAGUUUCUCUUCAAUCAUUGUGUCAAAUUUGCUCAAGAAUCUGUGUCUGUGGAUAUCCUCGGCAACAAGUAAGAAAAUACAAAGGAGUAAAUAGCAGGAUUCCAGUUUCUUCUGAAUUCAUGGUGCAAAUGCUAACUGGGAUUUACUAUGCCUUUUAUAAUGGAGAAUGGGAUCUAGCUCGUAAAGCAAUGGAUGACAUUUUAUAUAGAGCUCAGCUGGAGUUGUAUCCUGAACCGCUGCUGGUUGCUAAUGCAAUAAAGGCCUCACUGCCUCAAGGUGCCAUGAAAUCUAGUAAAGAAGGUACAAGAUGCAUUCAGGUUGAAAUUACCCCCACUUCAUCCAGAAUAUCAAGAAAUGCUGUGACUAGUAUGUCCAUCAGGGGGCAUAGAUGGAAGAGACAUGAUAAUACUGAUCUAGCAAUUCCAGAAGAACUGAUAGAAGUAUCUGAGGUUGAUGAAGGGUUUUACUCUAGAGCUACUUCUAGCACAAGCCAAUCUGCCUUAUCAAACAGCAACAACACCAGCAACAAGAUCCUUUUAGGGAAGAGCCAACGAAGGUCUGGAGGAAGCAAAGUUGGGGGGAAAGAAAGAGAAGCUUCUGGGGAAUCCUGCAAAGAAGACUUUUCUCGAAAACAAACUCAGAGAGCCAUGAGUGAGAAUUUAGAUCUUCUGUCUUUAAAGAGACUGACAUUAACUACUAGCCAAUCCCUGCCUAAGCCUGGCAGUCAUAGUUUGGCUAGAACUACCACUACUGCUUUUAGUAAAUCCUUUGAGCAGGUCAGCGGUAUCACAGUUCCAAAUAACCGUAGUGGUGGAAAUGGUACUGAAGCAAAUAGGUUUUCAGCAUGUAGUCUUCAAGAGGAAAAAUUGAUAUCUGGAGCAGAAAGAAUAGAUCUUUCCAUUUCAAACAAACAAUCAAAUCAGCAGCGACCUCCUAGCAUCAGCAUAACACUGUCAACGGAUUGAUGUCUGACAAACUGCCUAGUAUGAAAAAGGAAAUCUGGAGAUUCUGUUGAUAGUGUUAUACACUGUGCUCCCCAUCUUCCCUUUUUAAAAUCUAACCCUCCAAAUUCUUGAUAUCAUUAGAGCUUGGCUUGCAUUUGACAGUGUGUCUAGAUUACAAUUUUUAACUAUUUUGCAUUGUUUCAACUGUUAUUAAUAGCCUAGAGGGUUUUUUUUUCCUUAGGUGGUUUGAUUUUACACCUACACUUCCUAUUAUUUACAUCCCCCUAUUGUUAACAAACAUUGGCAGGCUCUGUUUAGCCAUGCUGGCAGAAUGUGUCUGUGUGUUUGUAAAAUAUAGACUGCAGAGCAAAGGGAUCUUCAUUCUCAGGAUGCAGCUGUUAGAAAACUUCAGUCACUGAUUUAAAGAAGUUACUUAUUAGAAGGGGUUUGUGACUCAAGAAUGAAAUUUUGGGUGACAUUGCAAUAGGUCCAUACAAUAAAAUCAGAGCAUCGCAGACCAUGCCAGAGAAAAUGUGUUAAUGUGAGAGAGAUACUUUCUUAUAGGCCUACAGCUAGAAGUACCAGUUCAGUGUUCCAUGUUAAAUGGAAACUUUCAUAACAGUGGGAAAUCUUGGCAUGUACCUGACUUAAUUCACAAACUCCAAUAUGUUUGCCCACCACGUGAGUUGCAUAUUCCUGUAAGUAUAUGGGUAUGUGCAAACUGAGGUUUGUGUACGAUAGGUCUCUCUAAACAGUUGGUUGAAAACUUGGCUCCAAAAGUCAUACAAUGGCAGAUCAAACUUCUGCUGGGGACAGGAGUUUUCUGUGAUGAAAAUGCCAUAAUACUCAGAAAAGUGACUAAAAAUAGCACUGGUUGGGUUCUGUGUUUGAUUCUGAGUUACCAAAUAUGCUCAGUUCAAAAGAAAAAAAAAUUCCCACCAGUUCUGUUAACUUAAAGUGGAGUCUAGAAGGGAACGGGUUUUUUAUUCUUUCUGGCUCACGCUUUCACUGGCAACAAAUAUUCUUGAAUUGGAACUCUGUGAUCAAUUCUGAUGAGUGAGCUAGAAAAGCUUCUUGCUGUUUCCCCUAGCUGCAUUGACUGUAAUACCAGUCUGUUUAAUCACAUUUUUUUACCCAUAACCACAUUUGAAGAUCCAGGAUAGUCAGGCUGCUGGGGAAAAAGAGACUGUAAACAGAUUUUUCUUUCAGUUUCUUCUGUGGUGCAGAGGGAUGCAGAAUUACAAAGGAGCAAGUCCUCCUCCUCCCAAGCUGCCCUCCUGCCCACUCCGAGCCACUGUGUUCUGUCAGAACAUGCAGUGACUUUGGUUUCUUAUCUAAGUCAUCAGGAGUAGGCACAAAGCUACUAAUUAGAAAGUAAUUAUCGGCAUUUUUCAUCACUCUUUGGAAAAUGUGUUCAUAAUUACAGUAUCAGUAUGUUUAUGCUGAUUUUGACACCUGUUGUAUUGAAUCAAGCACAUCAUUUUAAUGGAAUAAUGUGUUUAAAGAUAAGGCUUGUUCUUGAAUGAGACUAGGAGACUGUUACAAAAGGACAUGUACAAAUUAAGAAUCUUGCAAGCACAAAGAGAAAUUGUACUGUAACUGAUUUAUAACUAAUUUCAUUUAUGUUGUAACUUAAUGUUGUUGUAACUUUCAUUUAUGUUGUAACAUGUAAGUCAUGUUGUCAUUAUUUUUCUAGUUUGAAACUACAAAAUAUCAAUAUUCUUUACAGUUACUAUAGUAGUAUUUUUAAAAAAUCUUAUUAGCUGAGAUUAUAGCUUUAACAAUGCUUAUUGAUUGCAAGCUACACACAAAUGGGGAGAAGAGAAGCUGGCAAUAACCACUCCUUGAAAAGUGAGGGAGUGCUUUACAUAGUAUAACUGUGUGGUCUUUUCGCAGAGGAAGUGGAGAAAGUAAAAUAGAGGUCUAAUGUAUAUCCAUUCAUGAAUAUUUUGAUCUCUGUGGUGGGGUUCCUUUUAUAGGCCAAAAAUGUCAAAGGACCUCAUGACACAGAGCAAGGACUAAAGCUUUUUUAGACUUUCCCUAGUUGAGUUUUGCCCUGAGAUCCAUUCUUGAUUUGACUGAAAACUAAAGCACAAAUAAAUGUAAACAAGCUCUCAUUGUACACUGUCUGCAGCCUCUUAAUCACCUUUCAGAAUGGGGUGACAAUGGUAUGUUAAAUUUUGUUAAUUUCCAGCCAUUGCAUAUUGAUAGCAUCCAAACCACAGGCAGUGGAAGAGUAUUGGGGAGCUGGUAAAAGGUAUUACUAGGUAAUGUCUAUAUAAGACAUUCUGCAUUUAACAUAACUUGAAAUUCCUCCUGGGAGGCCAAGAAGGGAUGUCCACCAGAGUUUCGCACAAGAUCCUUUCCUAGCUCUCACUAAGCAGAACACACAGCCUUCCUCUGAUUUCCUAGCUGUAGGGGAAUACAAUUUUAAAAUUCUUUUACUUGAACUCUACCUUUAAGUUGACUUAUAACUUAUCGAUUUAAACUGUAAUUCCAGCAAACUUUUUAUCAUGACAGUAUUAAGCAUGGAUUACCUUUAAGAACAAAUUAGUAUUUUAAGUCAUUUCUUUUCUAGAGAAAUUGUGAUUUAUUUAUUUUUUAAUUGUCUCCAUAGUAGUUAAACUCCUUUUUGAUUCAAUAGUGGUAGAAAAGAUUUUUCUGUACUGGAAGAUCCAGCCAUUUAAGUUUGCAGCUACAGAGUAACAGAAUUAACUAUCUUUUUUUAGAGGUGUAUUUAAAAUGCCAGGGAUACAAAUGAGUAACUUUAAUGUUUACAAAGCUGUCACUUAACUGUUCUCCAAACUACAGAUCAGAUGGUAUUUUUUUAAAAGGGUAAACUGGUUUUAUCUUGCACGUUUAAUCAUUCUAACUUUGGCUGUUGGGUUUUUUCCUUCCUGGGCUUAAAUAAAUGUUAAAACAAAAUGAUAAAACCCACAUUCCUCUUAUACAAUAGAAUUUAUGAGGUUUUAUGGUUUUCAAGUAAAUGUGAUUUUAAAGGGAAGAUUUCUUAAUACUAAAGGGCUACUGCUUCUACUUACACAUGCAGCUUUAUGUACAUAAGUCUUUAUAAGCCUAUCUAUAUGGUUGAUUCAUUGAGUUCAUUUUUUUGUAACUGCCACAACCUAGGUCUUGUCAAGACUGAAAUUUUACUCUAACAACCUUUUUAUAACCAUAAGUAUUUAAACUUAUAACUAUUAUUUAAACAAUUGCAGGAAAGUUUUAGGAGUAAGUAUGUUUAGCUUCGUGUCUGAGACUGUCCAAAUACCCAUCAAGACUUCUACUUGGAGUCAGUGUUAUAUAGUGAAUCUCGAGAGUUUUUAAAUUUUAUAUUAAUCACGUUUGCAUUGAGAAUGGGUUUUUUUUGUCUUUUUUUAAAGUAAAUGUUAUUGUAGUCUUAAGAAAUUACAUCUUAGAUUGUACAAUGGUAGUUAAUUUUGAAUGCAUACAUUUCAGAGGUUACCACCAUUUAAUACACCUCUACCCCGAUAUAACGCUGUCUUACUGUGUUAUAGGUGAAACUGCAUUAUAUUGAACUUGCUUUGAUCUGCCGGAGUGCGCAGCCCCGCCCCUACGGAGCACUGCUUUACCGCGUUAUAUCCGAAUUUGUGUUAUAUCGGGUCGCAUUAUAUCGGGGUAGAGGUGUAUAAUAAUCUGCAGAAGAAAAAAAAUCUCCAUUUAAAAACAAAAAACUCAAAUAAGUGGUACUAAAGGAAAAAAGUAGCUAGCUUACACUUAGGUUUGAACUCCAUUUCACUAUAUCAAAGGGAAAUGUUUUCAGUGCUGCAUUAACACAGCAAAAUCUAACAUCAAAAUAUUUGAUUACCUAAAGAUUUACUUCUAGACAACAGGAAGUAGUUGUUCACUGUUAGACACUUUUGUGCAAAGAUUGUAUACAUUUUAACCACUUUGUGUAGCUAUGUUCUGUAGUGAUUUUUUUUUUGAGAAAUUGUUGACAUUUAUGAAAGGUUAUUGGAGUUCAUAUUACUAGAAAAAGUAAUACUUUUUAAAAACCACCUUUCUAGAGAUAACCAGGCUCCUUUUGAUUAGUAUAAGGAUUUUACAAGUUUAGUAAUUAUGUCAAAUAUUUCUUUAGUCAAGUUUAAUUUUUGAGGUUUAAAAUGCUGUAUAUAGGUGUGUAACAUACUGGAUUUUGUAUCUGUGUAACUCCAUUUCUGAAAGACUGCAACAAUGGACUAGAUGUAUAUUUUUAGUAACACAGGUCUAUGGAAUAACUGCAUCCAUUCGCAAGUGUUCUCGGUCUUAACUUGAAAGCCGAAGUUUAAAUGAAAGUGCCACACUUUCUCAUAUUUUUAAUGUUUUGCAUAAUUUGUGUGAUUAUUUUUCUGUCUUCUAUUUUGGUAAUGCAGUGUUUCACUUUUUAUAUAGUAAAAUAUGUUUUAAAUUGUACUCUAGAGUUAAUAUUCCUAAAGUAUAAACCAUGAAUUUGCAUUGUUUUGUGUUUAAUAUUUUUGCCUAUUGGAAUAAACAAACUGGA